CGCCACAUUUACAGCUCAGCUCCAACCAGAAUAAAUGAAACUGGAGACUUGAACCUGAUUCUUUGACAUUUUUUUCUGCUGGAGCUCAGAAAAUAUUAUUCGUCUAAGAGAAAUCCCAAACGCAGAGAGGAGAGCGAGUGACACUUGGUGAUUUCGGCAUUACUCAUACAUGAACCAAAGAUUCUAAAGUCUUGAAAGCAGAACCUGCAGAAGAUAUUAGAAGAAUGUCCAUCCUGAGAGAGAUCAACCCAAAUGUGAAGAGCAUCCGGGAGUCAGAGCAGGAGAUCAUAGACAGACGAGCAGGCGAAAUCAAUGCAGAGAUUGAACAGGGUUUAGUAAAGCACUACAAAGAAGUGCUUGAUGUCUCAUUUGGUGAUGCCCACGGAAUGGGAUUAAAACCCCUCACCUUUGUCCGUCAGGUCCUGGCUGCUUGCAUCUACCCCUCCCUUCUGCUUGAUGACAGCUUACCCCUCGACGUGAGAGAGAGGGCACAGCGUUUUCUGGAAGAUUGUGAUGGAGGGAGCAUAGGUUCAUACCCUCCUAUGAUUGGGGUUAGAAAAGCCUGGCUCUCUGUAUCUGAAUUCAUCAGCAGGCGAGACGGCAUUGUGUCCAAUCCUGAUAACAUCUUCAUCACAAGUGGUUCCCAGCAUGGCCUCAUUUUGUUGCUGAAGCUGUUGGUUCAGAGCGAGGGCGCGCUGCGGACAGGGGUCCUCAUUCCUGUGCCCUGCUACUGCAGCUUUAAAAAUGCACUGACCGCUCAGGGAGCUGUUGCUGUGCCCUACUACCUGUGUGAAGAGGAAGGCUGGACGGUGCAGAUUAAAGAGCUACGAAAAGCCCUCCACGCGGCUAGGGGGCACUGUAACCCAAUGGUGCUAUACAUCAUUAAUCCUGGGAACCCAUCAGGUCAUGUGCAGAGCAAGGCCUCGAUUGAGGAAGUGAUUCGCUUUGCUGCAGAGGAGAGGCUGUUCUUAAUGGCAGAUGAGGUGUACCAGAGCUUUGUAUAUGGGAACGGACGUGAGUUUUACUCGUAUAAGAAGGUGCUGUCUGAGAUGGGAUCUCCAUACUCCAGUAAUGUGGAGCUGGCAUCCUUCCACACUAUCUCCAAAGGAGUCAUGGGAGAGUGUGGUCUGCGUACUGGCUACGUGGAGCUGGUGAACAUUGACCCUGAAGUGAUGCGAUAUACCUCCUCACUGUUCGCCACAAACUUGUGUGUGCCCGUGGUUGGACAGAUCGCCCUGGACGUCAUGGCUGACCCUCCACAACCUGGACAGCCUUCUUACGCUCUGUAUGCUCAACAAGUUCAGUCACUCCAGAGGACACUAAUGAAUAAUGUGCAGAGGACAGAGGAGGUUCUCAGUGGUCUCCCUGGCAUCACCUGCCAACCCAUAAUGGGAGGGAUUUUUGCCUUUGCGUGUCUGCAUUUGUCGCAGGCUGCAAUCAAACAUGCCAAGGUCAAAAAAGCUGGAGCCAGACUUGCUGUACUGCCUGCGUCUGCUGGAGGACAUGGGCCUGUGUGCGUCACCUGGCUGUGAAUUCGGACAGAAAGAGGGAACCUAUCAUAUCAGGAUCUGUCUGGCAUCUCCAGAAGCGACGAUGGAAGAUGUGCUGCAGAGGCUGAAGAGUUUCCACCUCCGCUUCAUCAAAGAGUUCCCUUGAUGUAAUGGU